AUGGCAAAUGCUGGGUUUUCUAGUCCGGAGAGGACUCCCUCCCUCGUUCCUCCCAAUCCACCAGCAGCUGUCGUUGACGCCCAGGCGAUUGCCGGCCAGGAUCCAUCGCCCAGGCACAUAAUCAAUCAGCCCGCCGUUGAUCUGUCCGGGGAAAGACCCGCAGACUCCCAAAAAGGGUUUACACGCGCGACGCCGAGCAAUUCGGACACUGAGGACCCCGACCCGGACCCGGAAGCUCUUACCCGAUCGACUAGCGGCCCGGUCUACUCUGUCUUUUCGAGUCGCAUGAAAAAAUGGAUCAUAGGCGUUGUGACCCUGACAUCUUUUAUCUCACCCAUGACUGCUAAUAUUUACUUUCCGGCUCUCAAUCCGAUUGCCCACGACUUGGGCGUCUCAGUGAGCCUAAUCAACCUCACAUUAACUACGUACAUGAUCUUUCAGGGUAUCGCGCCAACUAUGUUUGGCGACUUCGGCGACAUGGCCGGCAGGCGACCGGCUUUUAUUGUUGCUGUACUCAUCUACAUUGUCGCAAAUCUCGGUCUCGCCCUCCAAAACAAUUACGCCGCCCUCUUGAUACUCCGUAUGGUUCAGAGUGGCGGCAGCAGCGGCACCUUGGCCCUUGGCUACGCUGUUGUUGCUGACAUAGCUACCAGCUCUGAAAGGGGCAAACCUGUGAUAGGCGGCUUGCUAUCUCAGUACCUCGGCUGGCGUGCAAUUUUCUGGUUCUGCUUCAUCUUCGCCUGCUCCGUCUUUGUGCUCUACGGACUAAUGGUUCCGGAGACAUGCCGUACCAUUGUCGGUAAUGGCUCAGUGACGCCUACCGGUUUCAACAUGACGGCCAUCGCUUGGGUCUCCCAGAAGCGGCGCCAGAGAAAGCAGCAGAAGGAAGGCGGCACACAGACCGUUGUCGUCCAACUCAAUGAGGACGGCACCGUGCGACAGAAGCCAAAACUGCGCUUCCCUAAUCCCCUCCGGGCCCUGGCAGUUGUCUUCGACAAGGGUGUUGGUCUCGUGAUCUUUUACAACUCGUUGCUAUACCUCAUGUUCAUCACCACCGUGGCAACAUUAUCCACACAAUUCAAAGAAAAGUAUGGCUAUGAUGACCUGGAGAUAGGCUUGUGUUACCUUCCCUAUGGAGCAGGCUGUUUCGCGGCGGCUAUAGGCCAGGGCUACAUGCUGGAUUGGUACUACCGUCGCACUGCCAAGAAGAUCGGAUUCAGCAUCGACAAAAAGCGCGGCGACGACCUAUCCAAUUUUCCCAUCGAGAAGGCAAGGAUCGUGCCGCUCUACUUCUUCGUGGCCGUCGGCAUUGUGGCCGUGAUUAUCUACGGCUGGGUCUUGGAGCUCCGACCCUCGGUUGCCGCGCCGCUGUGCCUGCACUUCGUCAUCGGGCUGUGCAUCACGGGGUCGUUCGGCAUCCUCAACACGCUCAUCGUAGACCUGAGUCCGGAGGCGCCGGCCACCGCGGUUGCGGCCAACAAUUUCGUGCGGUGCGAGAUGGGCGCCGCCGCCACGGCCGUCAUCGACCUCAUGAUCUCGGGGAUGGGCGCCGGCUGGUGCUUCACCUUCUUCGCGCUGCUGGGCGUUGUCUUCAUGCCGAUCCUGUGGGCGGAGGGCAAGUACGGCAUCCAGUGGAGGAAGGAGAAGAGGCUGAGGAGGGAGAAGAAGCUCAUCGAGAAGAGGGACAGGAAAGAGCGCAAGGAGAUGGAGAAGGCGGCUGCGGCGGUGCAGAGGGAGACGCAGCAGGAAUGA